UAGACUUCUAGACAGCGGAGAAGCAACAAUUAGCAGCAUAGGUAGCACCAUUUACUUUCUCCAAUCGACCGGCCAGCCGGCAGGAUAGAUUAGACAUCUAGAGAGCAAAGAAGCAACAAUUAGUGUCGGUAGCUGGAAGAAGAAGAAGGAGAGGAUGGGGAGGGGGAAGAUUGCGAUUGAGAGGAUCGACAACGCGACGAACCGUCAGGUGACCUUCUCCAAGCGACGCGGAGGGCUGAUGAAGAAGGCCCGGGAGCUCGCCAUCCUCUGUGACGCCGAUCUUGCACUCAUCGUCUUCUCCAGCACCGGUCGCCUCUACGACUUCGCGAGCUCCAGAGGCAUGGAGGCAAUACUAGAGCGCUACCAGGAGGCCAAACAGGAGCAUUGCGGAGUGUUGAAUCCAACAUCAGAGGCAAAGUUAUGGCAGAGGGAGGUUACAACCUUGAGGCAACAAGUGCACAACUUACAACACAAUAAUAGGAAAUUAUUGGGAGAGGAGCUAUCUGGUUCCACUGUUCGAGAUUUGCAGUUUCUCGUGAACCAAUUGGAGACGAGUUUGCAUUCUGUACGAAAGAGGAAGGAGCAAGUUAUGGCUGAGGAGAUCCACGAACUUAACCAAAAGGGAUUUCUUAUUCAAAAGGAAAAUAUAGAACUUGGCAAGAAGGUGAGAAUUACUCAUGAGCAAAACAUAGAGUUGCAGAAAAAGCUUUCUGGGGCCAUGAGAUCGAGUGAGCAGCAAGCCAGCGGAAGCAGCUCAAAAGCUGCUGCCGGAUUAUUAUUGUCGACUAGAGCAGGUGAACCAAGGAUUUUUAUUGACCUUGAGUUGCGGCAGCAGGAGCAUGAGGAUGAAUAACAC